CACACCGAUUGCAUUAUUAGAGUGAUGGAGUUGAGUAAUUUCUCCUUUUCUCACAUCUUCAGCCCAUCGGACAGCUUUGACGAAGGUUUCAGGACCAUGGAGAGCAUGACUCCAUCUGCCUUUCCAAUUAAUAAAACCACUGCACCUGAAGAAGACUUCAAUGACCUUUUCGGCAAUUUUUCCGAUCCGCAUGAACAGUUGAGAGAUUCCCUCAACAUCAUGUCAUCUGUCGUUUACUCUUUAGCUUUUGUCCUGGGCGUGCUGGGCAAUGGCUUGGUGAUCUGGGUAACGGGAUUCACGAUGAAGAAAACCGUUAACACAAUUUGGUUCCUCAACCUUGCUGUGGCCGACUUUGUCUUCACGGCCUUUCUUCCGUUCAGUGUGACGUACACCGCUUUAGGAUUCCACUGGCCAUUCGGCAAGUUCAUGUGCAAGCUUGCUAGCGCAGUUAGCGCUCUCAACAUGUUCACCAGUGUUUACAUCCUGACGGUGAUCAGCAUGGACCGAUGCGUGUCUGUUGUGUGGCCUGUUUGGGCCCAGAACCACCGCAAUGUCCAAAAGGCGUCCCGUGUGAGUUUGUGUGUUUGGACGCUGGCUCUGAUUCUAAGCACUCCAUAUUUCAUCUUCAGAGACACAGGGCCGUCCUUCUUCAGCAAAGAAGUUAUUAACUGCUUUAACAACUUUGUAUUUUCUGAUGACUUUACACCUGAGCUGAAUCAACUCCGACUGUUUCGCCAUCGGGCGAUAACAGUGUCUCGCUUCCUCCUGAGUUUUGCAAUCCCCUUCACCGUCAUUGUGUCCUGUUACGCUGCCAUCAUCCAUCGCCUCAGAAAGAAUCCCAACCUGGCCAGCCAAUCGAGUCGCACCUUUAAGAUAAUUGCUGCCGUUAUUGUUGUUUUUUUCCUCUGCUGGGCUCCUUUUCACACCCUUGUUUUAUUGGAAUUAACAAGUUACACGCAUUCAAGUUUAGCGUUCCAAAAUGUUAUUACGCUUGGACUCCCAAUAACCACAAGCUUGGCCUUUAUCAACAGUUGCUUAAAUCCAGUUCUCUAUGUGUUCAUGGGACAAGAUUUCAAGGAUAAAGUUUGUAAAUCUAUUGUGCAAACACUGCAGCAUGCUUUCCAGGAAGAGGACUCUCAAGUGGACUCAAAGACAGUUGAAACCACUCAGGGCAAUGAAAUGAAUUCAGUCUGACUUUGCAAAUAUAAACAACCAAUUAAAUUGUUCACCAGA